CCCCCAUCCGACCCGCACCCCGUCAAGGCCCUUAGGUCCCAGCCUUCGACAUCAUGGAUACCCACGACCAAGAACGAGGAGGCUCUUUCGAGACAGACGAUGACAGGGAAUUGGAGGCGUUGGGUUACGUCCCAUCCUUCAAGCGCGAGUUUAGCAAUCUCGCUACGAUCAGUUUUGCAUUCAGUAUCAUGGGUCUUUGCUCAUCGGUCGCGACGACCUUCAACACACCGCUCACCCUUGGCGGCCCCUCAUCUGUCACUUGGUGUUGGAUUCUUGGAGCAUGCAUGUGCUUUACUCUCGGUGCCAGUAUUGCGGAGAUCGUGAGCGCAUUCCCAACAUGUGGUGGACUAUAUACCGCGUCCGCACAGCUGUGUCCGAAAAAGUAUCGUCCAAUUGUCGGCUGGAUUGUUGGAUGGCUAAAUAUCUUGGGACAAGUCGCUGGUGUCGCAUCUACGGAGUUCGGUCUCUCAGGAAUGAUCUGGGCAGCCGUUGUUGUCGGUAAGGGUGGCGACUAUGAGGUCACUCAGGGAAAGACCGUCGGCCUCUUCGUCGGCCUACUCGUCGUUCACGGUAUCCUCAACUGUCUUGCCACCCGGUGGCUCGCACGUCUCACGGCCGGCUUCGUUUUCAUCAAUCUCGGCGCCACAGUCGUCAUCAUCAUCACGUUGUUGGCGACGACUCCCCGGUCCGAGAUGCACGCUGCUUCCUAUGUGUUCGGAACCGAUGGUAUCAUCAAUCAGACAGGUGGUUGGAACACGGGUCUGGCGUUCUUGUUCGGUCUUUUGUCUGUUCAGUGGACUAUGACGGAUUACGAUGCGACCGCACAUAUAUCUGAAGAAGUCAAGCGCGCUGCUUACGCCGCUCCUGCAGCUAUCUUCAUCGCAGUUGCUGGUACCGGUAUUCUUGGAUGGUUGCUCAACAUCGUGCUAGUGUUGUGCUCCGGACCACUAGAGGACCUCCCCGGUGCAUCGGGCUCUGCAUUCCUCCAGAUCAUGUACCUUCGCAUGGGCGCCGGCGGCUCCCUCUUCCUCUGGGUAUGGGUCUGCUUCACCGCUUUCUUCGUCGUUCAAACAGCCCUCCAAGCCUGCUCCCGAACCGUCUAUGCCUUCUCCCGCGACCAUGGUCUCCCAGACGGCGGCUUCUUCGGAAAAGUCAGCACGAGGACGCACACGCCGAUCCGUGCGAUCUGGUUCACGACGGUUCUCAGUAUUUUGCCUGGGUUCUUGGACUUCGCGAGCCCGGUGGCGGCGAAUGCGAUCUUCUCGUUGACGGCGAUGGCGCUGGAUCUGAGUUAUAUUGUGCCGAUUGCAUUGCGCCGUAUAUUCCAAGGUCAUCCUGAAGUGACGUUCAAGCCAGGUCCUUUCUACAUGGGAGAUGGUCUUCUUGGAUGGGCGGUCAACCUUAACUGUAUCAUGUGGACGCUGUUCGUGACGGUAAUCUUCUCGAUACCGACGGUGCUUCCUGUCACGAAGGAUACUAUGAACUAUGCGGCGGUUAUUACGGGCAGUGUUGUUAUUCUAGCGGGAACGUGGUUUGUUCUUGGCGCCCACCGACAUUAUCACGGCCCCCAAUCGAACCUCCACGAAGGCGAUGCACACCCGAGCACGUCUUCCGUCCCAGAGAUCGAGAACGAAGACGCAGAAACGAAGAAAACGAAGAUGUCGGAUUAAGUAGAGCGCCUCGGCAUCUAUACCACGAACAGCGUUAUAGACCCAUCUUGUUUGCAUAUAUCUCUUUUACAGCUUCAAGCGUUUGUUGUUGUAGGUGCCGCUGUGUUCUGGCUGCUAGUGGCGUCUGUCUGUUUGUUGUAGGUGUCAUAUUGCUGAUGAGCCCCGUGUGCAACCAUUGUGUAGGAUGCUUGAUACCGCUCUAUAAUACGGAGGGAUACCUUUUUG